AAAAAAAUGGGGUACGAUCCCGACUCCCGCGCCGGCGCCGGCGCCGAACCGGUCGGCAUCGAGAUCCGCCGCUCGCGGGCGGGGCUCGGGGCGGAGGAGCCUGUGUUGGCUCCGACGCCGGUGCUGGCGCCGGUGGAGAAGCCUCGGGAGGUGUCGGAGCGGGAGCGUAGGCAGCAGGAGGAGAUGGCAGCAGAGCUAAGGGCGCGGAAGAGCACGCAGUGGAAGGGCCGGAGGGUGGUGUGGGACUACCGCAAGGCCGAGAGGGCACUCGCGCAGCUGGAGAACCGGGAGGUGGAGCCACAGGCACCGGAGGGGGAGGAGAAGGAGAAAGGGGCAGAGGAGGAAGAUGAUGUGAUCACUGAAGAGGAUUUGCAGAACAUACUGUCUAAGUUGCGUGAUCAGUACCAGUAUUGCCUUUAUUGUGGAUGCAAAUAUGAAUCACCAGAAGUGCUGGCAAAUGAAUGCUCCGGUCCUGAUAAUACUGUUAGCCCCUUUUUUCAGCAUCCAAAUUUUUUUACCCUUCUUAAUUUAGUAAUAACAUCUCCUUGUCUGUUGACAGACUGCUUCCUUGUAUAGGUGAUGUUUCAUCUUUCAUCCAUCUCAUGUACAUAUGUUCAAGAUGGCGCCAUUGGUUCCUCGGUAGAAUGGGAUGCAAAGGUUCGAGGCAUUAGUGAUAACCCCUCUGCUGUUAUGUUACUGUCCAAUGUCCUUUGGAAAAUACCAGAUCGCACCAUUUCCCAUGACACAUCACCUUUGACUAUAUAUGCUACCAGUUCAAUAAGGUACAUUAUUACUUUUAAAUGUUUUACAUAUGAUUUUAACUUGUUCAUUUAUUCAAGUAAUAUCUUUUCCAGCAAUAUUUGAAGUCUGUACUUGGCUAUUAUGGAAGGGUAAUUAAUAUCUUCUAUCUUCUCUAUGAAUGUUUGAAGCAGUAUCAAUCUAGAACACAUUAUGCUAAUGGAUUUGCAGUGGAGGAUAUUGAACGAUAAUCUCUAAUCCUAUGCGGUAAAGCAUUUUGCAGAUUCAGCUAUUGUGAAAGAUGCACAUACUGGCUUACUACUAUGACAGACCCGAUAUUGUUUGAAAGAGGAGGCCUCCCGGCUCCAGGAUGGUAAAGUCAGCUUAUUACUCUUCGUUUCCUCUGGUUCUGUAAAGAUCUUAAAUUCCUUCCAUAUUGUGUAUUUCAGGAUUCUGGGCUUUGGUGGCUCCACUGUGUCAUUGUUUGCCCAGAUGGAAAUCAUGAUGUCCUGCUUAGAAAUCCACAAUGCUCUACUGUCCAUUGACUAUGGUGCAGUAAUCUCUUCCAAUAGGUCCACUGUGUGCAGAGUGCAGUAAACAGUGAAACAUUGGAGGACACGAUACAGAAAGGCGUCAACCGUCGACAUUGAGAAACUGAAUCCUGCCUUUCUUUUCACGCGGGAGGUGCCAGAGCUUCAUAUGGUUUCACUGUGAAGACAGGUGCAGAGGUCCCUCUUCACCAUGGAUUUAUAUAGAGAGUAGAGGGUGGAUUUAUAUAGAGAGUAGAGGGCAUCAUAGUACUUCGCAUCUCAAUGUAUUUUACCAUUAUAUCUUGACUCCGUAGCAAUGUACGGGCAUACACCUAGUAGUAGUAGAGAUUAAGAAGGUAAGAGUAGUCUGCCGUUCUGCCCUCCCGCGUUCUGCCGUUCUGCCCUCUCCCGUUCCGCGCGCAGAAAAAAAAUCAAAUUAUGGCUCCUCAGGGAUCAAACCUUGGAUCUAUUGAGCAGAAUGCCUAGCCUUCCACC